AUGGCUUUGCAGGAUGUUAUAUUGUCGUACAAUGAGUUGGAAGGUCCGAUACCAAAGAAUAUAGCGUUUAUGAAUGCCUCGUUGGAAGGUAAUAAAGGUCUUUGUGGCAAUGUCGCAGGAUUCCUGCCGUGCAAAAGCACAUCGAUGCACUCGAUGGCGAAGGCGUAUAAACUCAUCCUCAUCACUCUAUUUCCUAUUGUGGGAGCGCUAGUUCUUCUAUGUGGUUUCGCUUUCCCUGGUGCUCUCCUUAUGCGCGACGAAAGAAGAAGAGUUAUGGAUGUUGAAAGAUGGGAUUACGUUGACAACGAUGAUGGUCUGCUUUCGAUAUCCUCAUUACGUGGAAGUUCAUUAUUGUACUUGGACGUCUUAAGAGCCACGGAGGAGUUUGACGCAACAUUUUGCAUCGGGCAAGGAGGGUUCGGAAGCGUUUACAAGGUAAACCUUCCAUCGUUGGGGAAUGUAGCUGUGAAGCGACUUCAUUCGACAAAUGAGAUUAAGCAUCGGAAAAGCUUCAUGAAUGAGGUAAGGGCGUUAACAGCUAUUAAGCAUCGGAACAUUGUGAGACUCUACGGCUUUUGUUCGAGUGCACAACACUCGUUCUUGGUUUACGAGUAUGCGGAGAGGGGGAGUUUGUCUAGUAUUUUGAGCAACGACGUAGAGUCCAAGAAAUUGGAUUGGCUUAUAAGGGUGAAUAUCAUCAAAGGCGUCGCUUUCGCUUUAUCUUACAUGCACCACGAUUGCUCGCCUCCUAUUGUUCAUCGAGACAUAUCAAGCAGUAACGUUUUGCUUGAUUCCGAGUUUGAAGCUCGUGUUUCAGAUUUCGGCAUAGCUAAGAUUCUCAAGCCAGACUCAUCCAAUUGUACUGCACUUGCAGGUACAUACGGCUACGUAGCACCAG